GGCGGGGAGGGGACGGCACGGGAGAGCGGCCCUCCGUCCCCGCUCCCCGGCGCCCUCCUCGGGGCCUUCUAUAUGGGCCACCUGCUCUCGAAGGAGCCGCGUAACCGCCCGAGCCAGAAGAGACCUCGCUGCUGCAGCUGGUGUCGCCGCCGGCGCCCGCUGCUCAGACUCCCCCGCCGGACCCCGGCCAAGCCGGCGCCGACCCAGCCGGCGGCGCCCCGGAGCCGGGACUGCUUCUUCCGCGGGCCCUGCAUGCUGUGCUUCAUCGUGCACAGCCCCGGCGCGCCCGCCCCCGCCGGCCCAGAGGAGGAGCCGCCGCUCUCGCCGCCGCCGCGGGACGGGGCCUACGCCGCCGCCCCGUCCCCGUCCUCGUCCUCGCAGCAGCAGCAGCAGCAGCAGCUCCUGGCGCGGCACUACGCGGCCCUGGCCGCCGAGGACUGCGCCGCCGCCGCCCGCCGUUUCCUGCUCUCCUCGGCCGCCGCCGCCGCCGCCGCCGCCGCCUCGGCCUCGUCGCCCGCGUCGUGCUGCAAAGAGCUGGGGCUGGCCGCGGCCGCCGCCUGGGAGCAGCAGGGCCGGAGCCUCUUCCUGGCCAGCGUGGGGCCCGUGCGCUUCCUGGGGCCGCCCGCCGCCGUGCAGCAGCUCUUCCGGGCACAGCCUCCGACCGCCGAGCCCCCCACGCCGCCCGACAUGGUGUGCAAGCGCAAGGGGGCCGGGGUCCCCGCCUGCACCCCCUGCAAGCAGCCCCGCUGCGGCGGCGCCGGCGGCGGCGGCGGCGGGGGCUGUGGCGGCGGCGGCGGCGCUGGCGGCGGCGGCGGCGCGGGAGGAGGAGGAGCGGGGCCUGCGGGGGGAGGCGCCUCGCCGCCACGGCCCCCCGACGCCGGCUGCUGCCCGGGUCCCGAGCAGCCCCCGCCGCCGCCGCCGCCGCCGCCGCUGUGCCCCGCGCCCGCCUCCGAGUGUGCCCCCAUCGAGGCCGGCGGGGAUGCUGUCCGAGCCGGGGGCACCGCCCCCUCGUCCGCCCAGCAGCAGCAGCAGCAGCCGCAGCAGCCUGGAAGCGGCGACGCGGACUGUCAGGAGCCCCCCGAAACCCCUUGCGACUGUCACAGGGAGCCGCCCCCCGAAACCCCAGACAUCAACCAGCUGCCGCCGUCCAUUCUGCUUAAGAUUUUUUCCAAUUUGUCCCUGGAUGAACGUUGCCUUUCUGCAUCGCUGGUUUGCAAGUACUGGCGUGACCUUUGUUUAGAUUUCCAGUUUUGGAAGCAGCUGGAUCUUAGCAGUCGUCAGCAGGUUACUGAUGAGUUAUUGGAAAAAAUUGCAUCAAGAAGUCAGAAUAUAAUUGAAAUCAACAUUUCUGAUUGUCGCAGCAUGUCUGACACCGGUGUGUGUGUUCUAGCAUUUAAGUGUCCUGGGCUUCUUAGGUAUACAGCCUACAGGUGUAAGCAGCUUUCUGACACCUCCAUCAUCGCUGUGGCCUCCCACUGUCCUUCACUUCAGAAGGUGCAUGUAGGCAACCAGGACAAACUGACUGAUGAAGGACUCAAGCAGCUGGGCUCAAAAUGCAGAGAACUCAAAGAUAUUCAUUUUGGCCAGUGUUACAAGAUCUCAGAUGAAGGUAUGAUCGUCAUAGCUAAGGGCUGCCUGAAAUUACAAAGAAUAUACAUGCAGGAAAAUAAAUUAGUGACAGAUCAAUCAGUGAAAGCAUUUGCUGAGCAUUGUCCUGAACUUCAGUACGUUGGCUUCAUGGGUUGUUCAGUCACUUCUAAAGGAGUCAUUCACCUAACCAAGCUAAGAAACCUUUCCAGCUUGGACCUACGUCAUAUCACUGAACUGGAUAAUGAAACUGUGAUGGAAAUUGUCAAGAGGUGCAAAAAUCUUAGCUCUCUGAAUCUCUGUCUGAACUGGAUCAUAAAUGACAGGUGUGUUGAGGUCAUUGCAAAAGAAGGACAAAACCUGAAAGAGUUGUAUUUGGUGUCCUGUAAAAUCACAGAUUAUGCACUGAUAGCCAUUGGGCGAUACAGCAUGACUAUAGAGACUGUCGAUGUUGGAUGGUGUAAAGAAAUCACAGACCAAGGAGCCACCCUGAUUGCACAAAGCAGCAAAUCCCUGAGAUAUCUGGGGCUGAUGAGAUGUGAUAAAGUCAAUGAGGUAACAGUCGAACAGCUAGUACAGCAGUACCCUCACAUCACCUUCAGCACUGUCCUGCAGGAUUGCAAGAGGACCUUGGAGAGAGCCUACCAAAUGGGCUGGACCCCCAAUAUGUCUACUGCCACCUCCUAACACUCCUGCCUGCAUCUGUAUCUAUUGGCAUUGCUCAGCAGGGCGGAGAAGUACAGUCCUGGAGCAGGGAUUCUCUUUGAAAGGUUUUAACUGUCACUCAUCUGUAUGUGUACCUGAGUGUGUAUAUUUGUGUCUUGUUUGCAUACAACAUAGCAUAAGCGCACUUGUUAUUUGUUCCCAGGUGAGCUGGCUUGUUUUCCUUUUUAAAAACUGAAAAUUAUGAAAACCCCAGAUGUGCUAGUAUUUAAGUUUAAAGUUUCAUUUCUCUAAAAACACUUUGUGAGAUAAAAAGUUAAAAAUUGGAAGUAUUAUUUUGAUCUAAGUUCUGUCACUUUUAGAGAUACUCAGAAAGGCUUUCUUUUGUGAUGGGAUACACAUGUACUUCUGGUAAGACCAGAACAGAAGUUCUAUUGCACUAAUUGGAAGCCUGGAGACUGGUACUCCUCAAAAUUCCAAGCACACAUACAUAUAUCAUUAUAUGGACACUUGCAUACUCAUGCACGUGUGUGGGUGGACACAUGCCAGGUCCAUUUCUCUUAAAUCAUUUCCUGACAGAGACAUCUCCCUUAAGGCCACAGACAAAGCAUGCUGUCCACUAUGGUAGUGGCCAACUUGCUGUCUGGCAGGUGACUUAAGAACUAGGAGGAAUAAAGCUUUUGUAAAUUUUUAUACAGAAACAACAAUCUGAACUCCCUGUCCAGCUCACAAAAGUUAAUUAUUCAUUAUUCUACAAAUGUAUUCUGUUGAGUACUCAAUAUUUUAGUUGGUUUUGUUUUAACAUUGUGUUUGCUUUUAGCUCAUGGAUAGCAACUGGUCAGGAUGUGUAUUUUAGUGAUACUUGGGGUUAAUCUUAGCAUUACCCACACUGAGGCCACCAGUAUAAUUAAUGGUGUGCAAUUAUUUUAAAAAAUCUACAGAUCAUUUCAUUAUUUUAAUAAUUUUGGUAAUUAUGAAAAUAUAGAAAAUUAAUAAGUGAGAUGUAAGUAGACAAUCUUUUUAUUGAUUUUUUUCUUCUGCUUUGGAUUUUAGAACAGGUUGUUUGGAUAUAUGCAUGUUACCAUUUUUAAUAGUUCUUAUGCUAUUGCAAAGAUCUAUUUUUAGCUAAAGUAUGAGUUAAGAUGAAAAAUUAGAAAUUUUAUUCAUUCAGAUUCUGUUUACACUUGCCAUAAAUAAGUAUUUUGUUUAAUUGAAGAUUCCCAGCUUUCAGUCGACAAUACCUUUCAGUAAAUGAAUAUAUGUUUUAAUUUCACACAUCUUUAUGAGUAAUUCAUUGUAGGGACUCAGGCUCAAAUAACUUUUCUGUGUCUAGAUUUAUAAUCAAGACAGCAGAGAGCCUUUUUAAGAUAAAGAGUGAUUCUUUCAUAGUAAUAGAAGCAAAACCCUGACUUGUGAACCUGCUAUUUAUUCCCCCCCGAUGUGGUCUUUGGUCUUUAACAAAUAUAGUGAGGAUUGAGUGUAUUUCUUUAUGAAUUCCAGUACUGAUAAAAUGACACUAGCUGUAAGAAGCAAAAUAUAGCCUUACAUUUGAAUGUCUUUCACAUAUUUAUAAUGACUGCUUUUUAAUAGACAACUGUUUCAUUUGAUUAUGUUAACAUAUUUCUGAUGUGGCUUUUUUGUUUUAUUUUGUUUUGAUUUGUUUUAAUCCCAAUCAGUUAAAAGAUCUAGUUAGGGAAUACUAAGAAUAUUUUUCCAUAACUAAAUUGGUUAAUUUGAAGGGAAUAAAAUCUAAGAAAAAGUUGUUUACUAUUAGUAAACUGUAUUUAUUCUUACAUGUUGAGCUUUUUCAUAUUCAUAUCCAUUUCUCCACUACUAAAAAAACCUUAUUUCACAAUAUUUUAACUGAUUUUUAACCCAAAACUAAUUUAUAAAAUAGGAUGUAUAGUAAUAGUAGCUUGAACGAAUAAACAAAAGUUUAAUUUUUAUAUAUGUCACACUAUAUUUUAAAUAGUUACAAAAAGACAAAAGAAGGGAGAACCAUCUUAUGUUACAGAUGGUACAGUUUCAGUUCAAAAUGAUAAUAAUCCUUGGAGUAUUUUAGUUUGGUUAUCAAAUGGUUUCAGAAUAUACAAUUGAUUUUCUCUAAAUGUUACAUUGUGUGAAUCUAAAGUCCAGCACUGUGACACGCUUUAGCUUGGGGGGGGGGACUGCACUUACUUUCUAAGAUGCUGACUAAACCAGAAAGCCUGAUGCAACAGAACCUGGAAAACUGCUUUGGUACAUUUGUAGAAACCUGUAGAAAUACCAUAUCCAGCCUCAAAGCAUUAAUCUCAAAGAAAAACAGCCAAGAAAAAGCAUCACCUCAAGUGUUCCUGUGCCGGCUGUUGAAUGUGUUCUCAUUAGAUGCUUUGAAAUGAGGCUUCAGACACUUUUGCUGGGCAAUAUAGUUCCUUUUCUGCUUAGAAUGUCAUAAAUACAUGUGAACACGUUUAAUGCAGGGCUUUUUAUCCUCUCCAAAAUGUCAACAGUAUUUUCAGAAUAAAGCCUGUGAAAUAUAUUGCUGUAGUGGAAAAUUCUGGUCCUUUGUCUCUAAUGUCUUUUUGAGUGGAUAAAGCAAAUUCACCCGGUUUGUAGUUUCUAUAUUUCUGUGGAACUUUUGACCUUACAAUGGGUUGCAAUAAAAGAGAAACAAAUCCUG